AUGUCCCGACGACGAGAUGACCUUCUCCUUCAGCUUCGAGGAGUGGAACGACGACGACGAGUGAUUUGUUCGGACCUGGCGAACGACCAGCAACCCUUGGGCUCCGACCACGUACAAGAUGAUGACCAACAACAUGUUGCGUGAGCCAUCGCCGCCCGCCGUGUUGGGUCAGUCAUACUGGCAACACCGUCAUCCUAGCACGGCCGAUGUCUUCUUUCUGUCUGUGUGCUCAUUUUCGCUAUUGAGUCUUUGUUCAUUGGUUGCGUCUCAGAGUAAGGUAUCCCAUGUGGGCGGACGACGACGGAGGAAGUCUGUGUUCUGCCAAGCAACGAAGCGCGUGCGGUUGCUGGUUGGAAUGGUCUAUUGUUGUAGGCGGUGUGGACGGAAGGUUUAUUGUAGCUAAGGUAGAUAGCCGGUGUUGACGGGAAAAAAAGACGAAAGUCUGUGUAUUGCCAAUAAAUAUAUCCAGACGUUGUGGCCGGAGUUCGGCAAGAGCAUCAUCAGCGGAUGGUAGCGACUUGGCUCAACCGACCGUCGCAUUGCGGCUACACGUUGGGAACUUGUCGGAGCACACGGCGGUGGAGAGCAGUCCUCACCAUUCGUCAAGCACGCACGUUUGCCCCAAGAAUUUCAGCCGAGUGCUGCGGGUGUACGUAGGCUCGUAUGUAGUCUGUGCACGUCCGAACAUCCCUGAGUGCCCCGUCUUUGAAAUGUUGAACACGCCAGCAACAGUUGCUGCAUGCCAACGCAUGUGUGGUAGAUUUUUGGAGUGCGCCGUAGACUAGUCACUCGAGAUCUGGAGUUUUUUUUGAGAAAGUACCGUUGGGGUAUGUAGGUUGUCCCGCUAGCUAGGAGUAGAGUUGUUUUUGCUUCGAAAUCCAAACUCCUGGUUGAGAACGACCUAGUCUAGUCUAUAUCAAGGGUCUUGAACCAAAUUUCAUGACACGUAGGCCCCAAAAUCGAAAAUCGAGCAAAAAGGGGCGGGGGGGGCGCGGACAUAUAAGGGGCUGAUCGACGGGUUCAACACCGAGGCGUUUGCCCCUUCUGGGCGUUGUCGAACAUGCACGUACAUCUGGCACCUCUCAGGCUCGCCCUCAGCAGCCUCCGCUCAGCGAGGAGUCACUUGGGUGAUUGUAUGCAUAGAUGUGCGUGGAUCGUGUCCAUUAAACAUUCCCGUCUUGGUCAGAGGUAGAACAAGCCGUGGGGUAAGCAAGGGCUGCCUUCACACCCCUCUUGAACGUUCGUUUUCGUGUGCUGGCCUGACUGGGUGAGCCGGCCCGGCUACAUUGUGGAGCAUAUGGA